UGUUUGAGUGUUGUCAAUGACGGACGUAGUCAGCUAACCAAAGUCAUGGCGUUGGUGAAGAACAGUUGUCUUGUUGCGGGUCGGUUCUCGUGUGGUCGCUUGUGGUUGCAAUCCAGGCGACUCGAACUACCUCUUGUUUGUGCUAACGGUGUGACAACCGCGGCCAGAUCGUCGCCGACGCUAAAGGAGAGAAAGAAGGAGCUGAGCGAGGACGGACCGGAUUUGCAGGACUUCAUCUCCGGGGAACUGUCAGAGAAGAGUCGCUGGGAAGAAUACCGAGGCAAUCUCAAGCGACAGAAGGGAGAGCGACUGAGGCUGCCGCCCUGGCUGAAGACAGAGAUUCCCAUUGGCAAAAACUACAACAGGCUGAAAAACACCCUGCGGGACCUCAACCUGCACACAGUAUGCGAGGAGGCCAGGUGCCCCAAUAUCGGAGAGUGCUGGGGUGGAGGGGAGUACGCCACUGCCACCGCCACCAUCAUGCUGAUGGGAGACACAUGCACGAGGGGGUGUCGGUUCUGCUCGGUGAAGACGGCCCGAAAGCCACCCCCUCUGGACCCUAACGAGCCUGAGAACACGGCCAAGGCCAUCGCGGCCUGGGGGCUGGACUACGUGGUGCUGACUUCGGUGGACAGAGACGACCUUGCUGAUGGAGGAGCAGAGCACUUUGCGAAGACAGUGUCUAACCUGAAGGAGAGGAACCCCAAAAUCCUGGUGGAGUGCCUGACCCCGGACUUCAGAGGGGACCUGGUGGCGGUGGAGAAGAUCGCCCUAUCGGGGCUGGAUGUCUAUGCCCACAACGUGGAGACAGUGCGGCAGCUGCAGAGGCACGUGCGUGACCCGCGGGCCAACUUCGACCAAUCACUGAGCGUCCUGCGUCACGCCAAGUCAGUGAACCCGUCCAUCCUGACCAAAACCUCCAUCAUGCUGGGGCUGGGAGAGACUGAUGCCCAGGUCCACGAGGCUAUGACCGAGCUCAGGAAGUCAGGGGUAGACUGUCUAACCCUGGGACAGUACAUGCAGCCCACAAAACGGCACCUGAAGGUGGAGGAGUAUGUGACCCCUGAGAAGUUUGCGCACUGGGAGAAGGUUGGGCAGGAGAUGGGCUUUGUUUACACAGCCAGUGGACCGCUUGUCCGCUCCUCCUACAAAGCAGGUGAAUUCUUCCUGAAGAAUCUGAUUGAGAAGAGAAAGGCUGCAUCUGAAUAAGAUGGAGCCAACUGACCCCAGAACAGCCACAUCUGCCCUUCCCUGCCCCCAACAGACGGAACCGCCUGACCCCAGUAUAGCCACAUCUGUCCUUCCCUGCCCCCAACUGAGAGGCACCUCCAAACGCACUAGGACUCCCCAACCUGUCCCCGUCUCACUCAUUGGCUGUUCUGAUCCUUACUUUUAUUUACUCAAUAGGACAGUAUCUAGACAGACCAGAAAUAAGUACUCAUACAUGUAUACAACAGCCAGCAUGCUUCUAUAACAAGUACACAAUAAUACUGCUGUAACUGCACAACUUGGUCAUAAGCGCACAAAGGCAUUGGAGUAAUGUGGGGAACCCAUUAGAGUGUUUGUUUUCUGUGAACAGUAAAGGAUCUUUGGCUGAGAGAGUGGGUGUGGUCUAGGCUCUAUAUAUUUAUUUGCGCCCUCCAUGUCUUCUCUGUGGGGUUAUCUGGGGAUGCAUGGUAACAGCUUCCACACAACAGUUGUGGCUCACUAUAUAAUACCGCAUCAAGUAUUACAUCCUAUUGCGCAAUUGCAACCUAAGAAGUUGUAUCAUUUGACAAGUGACUUGUGUCUCUGUUGGGAGUGACAGGGAUAGGCUGGUUUCCAUGGCGCACAUAGGAUAACAUAUCACCACACUCUCUUAAAGAGGUAAAAUAUCCUGUUCCACCAGAAGACUGAGCCCCACCUCACUUUAAUAUUGCUUAUGAGGGAGUGAUGUCACUGUGAAGGGCUUGUCUGAGCUCUCAGGCUGUGACAGGCUCCUCCUCACAGAACUUUCUCUUUCCGAAUGGUAAUCCAUAGACAGGAAAAGUAACAAUGUGAUGAGAGAGCAAACCACCAUGAAACUCAGGAAUGGAGCUGUUGUGUGCUGUGGCUAACUCUAUUUAAAACCAAUCGAAAGUGUUUUCUCUGUUGUGGACACUUCUGAUUGGAUCACACCAGUGAUUGACUGACAGCAGGUGGAACGAUAUCACACACACAGCAGCUGCACAUUCAUGUGAAUGUCAUUAAAGUUACCGCUUUGUUCUCUGGUCCUUCAGCUUUACUGGAGAAAACAGCUCAGGAAAACUGAACAAAUCGAAUACAUUAACUUGUCAGAGACUAGACUACUAAAACACAAAGGCUACAGAUUAACGCAGUAACCCUGCAAAUUUGAUAUGGAACUGCAAAUGUGUCAAGAUAUUCAGACUAUAUUUAGACAAGUAUGUCCUUUUAAAUGGCUUGAAAUGUUUUGGUGACCA